AUGCAAAAGAAGGCUGCAAUUGGAAUACGCAAACUGGAAUCAUUUUUAUUACCAAUAAAUUCAAACGUUAAUCUUGUUGAUUCAGAUAAUUUUUCUGAAACUUGUAUAAGCAUUGACAUGGAAAUUGAUACAGAAAACAAUACAGAUAGUGACACAGAUAGUGAUGUGAAGACUGAAGCUCUCAUGAACUUGGACUCAGCUAUUAAAAAAUUAGAAAUUGAAGUUAAAAAUAAAAAGUGUGGUGAUACUGACGGAAGAGCUUGUG